AUGGUAGCCGGAUCCUCGUCUUCGCGGGCCAAGCCCGUGAAGCGCGUGAAAUCCGGAACUGAAACGACGAAGAAUCACCGAUUCGAAGGGUUUGCUGCACGAGUAUCAAAACUGAAAAUCGACCCGAUUCAUCGAGUACGGCGGCCGAGCUUUGGCGAAGAAGGCGACGAAACAACAUCCCAUUUCCGAGCGGCGUUCGAGCACUGGAGCGAACUGAACUUGGCAGAGAACUUUGUCGCAUUUUCUCGUCGAGUCAACCCACUUUGUGAGAGUUUGCCGCAGAUUCUCUACUACGAGGAAAAGAUCUUCAACUUGCUGGUGGAAUACAUUGAUAAAAGGGAUCGGAUUUCAAUAGAGCCGCUGCUGAGUCUUCUUGCUCAGUUCGCCCGCGAUUUGGGCGUGAGAUUCGAAAAGUACUUUGCUACAUCCGUGACACUGGUCGCCUCCGUCGCAGCCACCCAUCCUGAUGUUGAAGUGGUGGAAUGGAGUUUUACUUGCUUGGCAUGGACGUUCAAGUUCCUCUCCCGGCUUUUGGUCCCGGACUUGCGCCAGCUUUUGGGUAUCAUGACACCAUAUCUUGGAAAAGAACGGCAGAAGCCAUUUGUGGCUCGAUUUGCAGCUGAGUCGAUGUCGUUUUUGAUUCGCAAGGCCGGGCUGGUAUACUACAAAAACCCGGAACCUCUUCAACUAGCGAUAUCAUUCUUGUUCGACGACUUGCGGCAGGCCGGAGCGGAUUCAAAGAACGUGGACCUCUACAAGCAGGGUCUGAUGUCGAUGUUUUCUGACUCGAUCAAGGGUGUGAAGCUGGGUCUUCAUUCAAACGGAGCGGAUAUCUUCCGAUGCCUCUUGGAGCUGGUGUGCACGGAUGACGACCUCCGUAGCAGACUCGCCCUUGACGUUGUCAGCGGCGUGCUGAUCAAUAUCAUUCACAGUACAACUGCCGACACAUUCGAGCCGAUCGCCGAAUUGAUCUGGUCCUUUGCCAAAUCAAGGAGCGGAGAUAAGAAGAGUGCCGCCGCAUGCUGUCGCGUAGCCUUUCUCUGUGUCGCUACCCGAAAAGGAACGCGCGUGAAGACAUGGAAGCCUGUUCUCGACACACUGUUACUACUCCUCCAGGCGGCUGAGAAUGCCCCUGAUGCAUAUGCUGGUGCCAUUCCCCAGCUUCUCACAGCUGUUGCGUAUGCGCUUCAGACAUCACCCAUGGACGAGAUGCUACCCUUCAUGCGGUCACUCAUGGAUGCAGUGACUAGCGAUAAACUUUUGACCCAUUUCCUUUCAUUCUGCGCCACAUUUUCGGAAUGGGGACCCGAAAGAUUCCACAGUGUUGUUCUUCCUUACUUUCAAAAGUUCGUCAACAAUUCAUGGAAAGAUCACGAAUAUGAGCUAUGUUUAUCGCUUCUCCGAUUAAACCGCGCAGGCUGCAUUACGUCUGAAGCUGCCAAACCUGGUUAUAUUUCCUGCCCAGCUUCAUGGAAGUCUCGCAUCCGAGAUACACUGCAAACAUCCGAUUCAAGUACAUCUGCAGUAGCUUUGCUUAACGCUUACUCGAAGCUUCCUCCUGCACUCUCUCUAUCCGCUGAUCCUUCCCUUGUACCUGAUGUUGCGGAUGCUCUUCACGAAAACCUUGCUUCUGUGCUCAACGACGACGAGUCCGUCCCUACCCCUAGGACUAAUUUCUAUCUCGGACAAGGGUUCAAGACUUAUGUCGACUUGAGCUCACGCCUAGGGAAUCUUGACCUGAAGCUCUGGGAUCGAGUGAGCAAGGUGGCAGCCAAGUACUCCCGUCUUCAUGCAUUCCUUGACGCGAUACUGGCCUUUAUCUUAGCAUGCUCUGACAAUUUGGACAUCGACCCCGCCGCGAUUGACUCAUUUGUUGAUGCCUUGAUUACCAACCUGGCAGCGCCCUCCCAGCAGCUGCGGCUAAUAUCUCUGAAAAUCCUACAAGAGUUGGUCAAGGCUUCUGGUGAAGAUGCUUCAAUCAUCGCUUUGGCCAUUGAGAUCGAGGAAAGCGAACUUACAAUACAAAGUGCCAGAGUGCUCUCGAUGCAAGUGAGGAAGCUCGCCUUGUCAUACCCACAACUUGUCUCCCGGAAAUGGAUGGCGAGAUUGAUCCCAACCUUCUGCUUUGGACUGUUCUCUAAGAAGCUCGCUCCACUGUGGGAUGAUUCUACUUCAGCCUUGAAAUCCAUGAGUGAGCAUGCAGAAGGAGAAAAGGUCAUUACCGAGCUGGCCGUCCAGUGGCUUCAUGAGAAAGGGUCUACCCUGCCGACUGAUGCCGAGGAGGAUGAUGAAUCGGACACCCAAGUUUCUGGUUAUUAUCAAUGCUUCAAUGCUACCAAGGUCGAAAACAUAACCGCCACUCAUUUUCAGUCCUUUGAGCCCUUUUCAACUUUGAUACAGGAUUUCGAGUCGGACCAGUCCCUUGCCGUGGUAAUUCCGACAAACCCACGGACCCAGGCCCUGCGUGUGUUCAAUGCUAUCCCCAACCUGGCAGAGAAACGUUCCCGUCAGAUUGUCCCACUCUUCCUCUCAUGGGCUUUGCACGACGAUGAGGAUAGUCCCUCUAAACCAGAAACGCCAGACUCCGACCCGGGCUCAUACAUCCCUUGGGGAUUCCAUGACCGUCUGUCGUUCCUGACUCUUUUCUCUCAGUUCCUUAACCCGUCAGUGCUAUUCAGAGCGUCUGAGGUCCGCGACGCCCUUCUUGGCCUGCUCUGCCACGGUAAUUCAGAAAUUCAGAAAUCUGCUCUCAAGGCUGUCUUUACUUGGAAGUCUGCUGGUAUUGUAUCCUACCGUGACAAUCUUCUGAACAUCCUCGAUGAAUCACGGUUUAACGAUGAGCUUGCCGUCUUUGUUCGCGUUGGACGAGAAGACAGUUUGAUUGAAGAGAAGCACAGGGAUGACGUUGUGCCUGUGGUUCUCCGCCUGCUUUAUGGUCGAAUGAUUUCAAAAGCCAGCGCCAACUCCAACCAGGCCGGUCAAACUGGUCGCCGAAAGGCUAUUCUGCGGACACUUUCACAGCUUCCUGACCGCGAAUUCGAUAUCUUCAUGCGGAUUGCCUUCGGUCCUUUAGCUGACAUCCAGCUACUGAAAGACAAUCAGAUCGACGAACAGGCCUUUGUGCGCGAAGUGGUUGGGCCAAGGAGACAGAUGGGUCUGUUGCGAUUGAUUGAAACUGUGUUUGACACGCUCCAGAGCCGUAUGGCUUCGUAUGCCGAACAGUCGAUGGAUGUCGUGCUCCAUUGUCUGGUUAGGGCUUCUCGUGCCUUGGCAAAGGAGCAGCAAGGUCCCACUACAGACCCUCAGGAGGAGCGGCUUGCAACAGUAUUGCGGAAUAUUCGGCAAACUAGUAUCCGCUGCCUAGAUCUCAUCUUUUCUGUCUCAUCUGAUCAAGAUUGGACUUCACGCGUUCGAGUUAUUUUUGACGAGGUCAUCAACCCUAGGUUGGACAAUUUCGCAAUAGAGAUGGCCCAGGGCGUUUCGGGGCUCUUCCGAUUGUUCCACACUUGGGCCUCUUCGUCUCGCUCGUCGUUCUACCUUUCACAAUUCAACAAUGUUCUUUUGACGAGGGUUGUGGAUUGUCUCGGUGUCGACUCUGCACAGGAUGAAGUCAAAAUCUUUGUCAUGGACGAGAUCUUGACGCCUGUUGUUGAUCUCUCCACCGGCAGAGACCUUGAGGAAGGCGAGAAUAUGGGUGACUUUUCAGCCGAUGAGAUUCGCUCAGAAGUCCUGGCUCCUUAUAUCGAGCACUCUCUUUCUCUUCUCAGCCGUCUCCUGAAGCGCGGCCCAUCCAAGCCAGUCCUCAUUUCUGGCGUGCAGACACUCUCCCGUCUGGCACCAUGUGUCGAGUCCUCGAAGGAAACAUCAAGCUUGAUUAGCAUCCUGACCUAUCUUCUCCGUCAACCGGCAGACAGAGUCUCCCCCAAAACGAAAUCCGACCUUCUUCACAGCUUGGAGCACUUCCUACCUCUCUAUAACACCAAGGAAGAUCCGGCUUUGUCACAAGAAGUUUUUGAAGCUGUUUGUUCUAUGUUUGACUACUUCAGAGACAAUAAAAAUCGCGCAGUCCUCUCUAGGGUCUUCACAGCCUUCGCGAACCACCAGCCCGAGCUCUCUCGAGUGGCAUCUCUCUGCGAAGAUCUAAACUCCAUAUCUGUCAAGAAACUGGGAGUGGAUUACGAGCGUCGUCUGCAGGCUUUCAGAACAUUGACCGAGGAGCUCUGGGACUCGCUGAAUGCUAAGCAAUGGCGGCCUCUGUUGUACAACAUGCUCUUCCACGUCAAGGAUGAAGACGAAUUGGCUAUCCGCUCCAGCGCCUCUUUUGGGCUGAAGCGAUUCAUUGAGCGAGCUGCUUCCGCUGGGAGCUUGGCAGAAUCAUUCGAGCCCCUUGUCACCGAGAUUUUGAUUCCCGCAAUCCAAGGCGGGAUGCGCCAGAAGUCGGACCUCGUCCGGUCCGAGUUCGUGCAGGUGCUUGGCCACCUUGUGAAGUUGAACCCAGACCGCGAGUCUGUCAAUGAUAUGCGCGGUCUCCUUGUCGGCGAUGACGAGGAGGCAUCGUUCUUCAACAACAUCCUUCACAUUCAGCAACACCGUCGCCUUCGAGCCCUUCGACGACUCGCCAGCGAAUCGACCAAUGGGAAAAUACAAGCGUCCAACGUUAGUAUGAUCUUCUUGCCGCUGAUCGAACACUUUCUAUUCGACUCGGGUGAUGAUGAGAAUGCUCACAACCAGGUCGCCGAAGCUGUGAUCACCAUCGGUAUCCUUGGGGAGUCGUUGGACUGGAACCAAUUCAGGGCCAUCUUCAGGAGAUACCGGAGCUACAUGAAGAGCAAGUCUGAAAUGGAGAAGAGUGUCCUGAAACUCCUGGGCAGGAUGUCUGACGCGCUCAGCAACGCAAUGGGUCAAUUCACUGUUGCCAAGGCUCAGACUGAGAUGAAGAACGGCGACGACGCCAUGGAUAUAUCCGCGCCUCCAAUGUGCACUCUUGCCCGUUCGAUACCUUCUGCCGCCAAGGUUGCCAAUGAGCUGACAACGGGCUUUGUCCCUGUCCUGACUGACUUUAUCCACCACAAGAACGAGGCACAGAUGAGUUUGCGUCUUCCCGCUGCGGUUACGGUCAUCAAGCUUCUGAAGCUGCUACCCGAGCAAGAUAUGUCUGUUCGACUACCGCCUGUUCUUCUUGAUGUUUGCAGUAUCCUUAAGAGUAAAGCACAGGAUUCACGAGACACAGCUAGAAAGACAUUAAACGACAUUGCUCUUCUACUGGGUCCGAAUUACAUGGGUUACAUCCUCAAGGAACUGCGACAUACUCUUAAGCGAGGUUACCAACUUCACGUCCUCUCGUUCACUGUUCACUCCAUCCUGGUUGCGACCACAGAUGAAUUUAAACAGGGAGACCUGGAUUACUGUCUAUCAGAUCUUACCCUCGUGAUCAUGGAUGAUACCUUCGGUACCGUGGGUCAAGAGAAGGAAGCCGAAGACUAUGUCAGCAAGAUGAGGGAAGUCAAGAGCAACAAGAGUUACGACUCUAUGGAACUCCUCGCCAAGAAUUCGACAGUGCAAAACCUCUCCAGUCUCGUCCGGCCUCUGCAAACGUUGUUGCAGGAGAAGCUCACUUCCAACAUCGUGCGAAAGGUUGACGAACUUCUCAGAAGAAUCGGAGUCGGUCUGUUGCGGAACCCCGGAGUCGAAAGCCGUGACCUUCUGGUGUUCUGCUACGAGGUCAUCAAGGAGGCAUACAAGGAGCCCGUGGUAUCUCAGACGUCAGGUGCCAAGACUGCUCAGGAGGAGAACUUCCUGAUCAAUAUGAAGAGCCAAAGGCGGAAUGAGAAGCGAGGAAGCACCUCUUCCUAUGUUCACAAGCUGAUCCGUUUCUCGUUCGAUGUUCUUCGCUCUGUGCUCAGCAAGUACAGUUCCCUGCUUACCCCUGCGAACAUGGCUGGGUAUAUCCCUAUGGUCGGAGACGCCUUGGUCCAGGGCCAUGAGGAGGUGAAGAUAUCCGCAAUUCGGUUCCUCUCAACUAUUAUCAAGCUUCCUCUGCCCGAAAUCGACACCAACGCACCCAUUUAUCUUACGGAAGCUGUCAAGCUGAUCAAGGAGGCGCCGAGCACCAACACCGAAGGUGCACAGGCAUCCUUGAAGUUGAUCUCCGCCAUGCUGCGGGAGAGGAAAGACGUCAAGCUUAGAGAUGGACACCUGGCUUAUCUGCUUCAGCGCCUCACGUCCGACAUCGAGGAACCAGACCGCCAGGGCGUUACUUUCAACUUCAUCCGAGCAGUCAUGGCGCGCAAGUUUGUCGUACCUGAGAUGUAUGAGCUUGUUGACAACAUUGCCAUGAUGAUGGUCACAAACCAGACCCGAUCCGCACGUGAUUUAGCCCGUGGCGUAUACGUUCACUUUCUGAUUGAGUAUCCCCAAGUCAAGAACAGGUGGACGAAGCAGCUCAGUUUCCUGGUCAAGAACCUGGAGUACAAACACCAGGACGGCCGUCAGUCGGUCAUGGAUGCCAUUAACUCGCUGCUCGCGAAAACGGGGCAAGAACUAGCUCAGGAUAUCGUUGGCACUUUCUUCCUCCCUGUUGUCAUCGUCAUGGCGAAUGACGACGCGGCCGAGUGCCGAGAAAUGGCUGGUGCCCUGCUAGGAGAGUUCUACAGACGGGCAGACCGAGAGCACAUGAAGACUAUCCUCGAACCUCUUCGGUCCUGGAUUGAACAAACAGAGAACCCACUCCUCACCAGCACCGGAUUGCAGGCUAUGCGGAUCUACUUUGAGACCGAAGAGACCGAGAAGGACAAGCAGGCCGGCUUUGUAGCCCAGACUUUGCCAACCAUCAUCCAGCCUAUCAUCAAGGACGCCGAAACAGACUCCUGGCAGACACUGUACUUUUCACUCCAGCUCUACGCCAAGCUAUGCAAGGCUGUUCCAUCAAUCGCCUUGUCCAAGGACCGUAUAAAGAAUUGGAGUCUGAUCUGCGAAUGUCUGUUCUAUCCUCACUCUUGGGUCAAGACCUGCGCUGCAAACCUCGUUGGCUUGUGGCUAGCGGACCUGGCAAAGGCGAAUGCGACGGUGGGGUACAGCUCGUUACCUUUGGUUGGUGGCACCGGGCUGGCGAUGGAUAAAGACACGAUGACUCUACUGCUUCGGGCAUGUCUACGCUCUCUUCGUACCCCUGGAAUUAGCGAAGAACUAGCCAUGCAAACAGUCCGCAACAUCGUCUUCCUCGGCCGCUGCUGCGCACAGAACGGCCUUGAACUUGAACUCUCCACCGCCGAAGACAAUGAUGCCGAAGCAGACAAAAGCGGGAGCGAAAACGAAGAUGAAGCUGAGGAUUUCGACGAUGAGACAGAACGGACCUCGACGAAAUCCGCCAUCCGAUACAUCUUCGAGCAAGCGGCCUCCAUCCUCCGCCGAGAAGUUAUCACCACCCGAGCACCAUCAUUGGUACCAAAGACCGCGUCCAUCGGCCUCAUCGCCGCGCUCUGUCGCCAUCUCGAGCCUGGCCAGAUUCUGGGCUCUCUGCCUGUCAUUCUCCUCCCUCUCCAGCACCUGACCGAUGCCUCUAUUCCGGCCCCAAGAUCAUCCGACGAGGCUUUCACGGAGUCGUACAAGGGACUUGUCUCGAACUGCCAUGAAGUCCUAGACCUGCUGCAGAAGAAGCUUGGUACUACCGAGUACAUCAAGCACGCGUCAGCUGUUCAAGAAGAAAUCAAGAAGAGACGUGAGGGACGACGGGUCAAAAGACGUAUUGAGGCUGUUGCGGAUCCGGAGAAGUACGGACGUGAUAAGAAGAGGAGGAAUGAUCGCAAGCGCGAGAAGAGGAAGGAGAAGGGUGCUGAACACCGUGGUAGGAGACGAGGUUGGUAA